UGCCCCUGGGAUGGCAGCUGCUGGCAGCUCUCUCUCAUUCUGUGAAGGAUGGUGAAGAUAGAGCUGUUUUUUCAAUAUAGGGAGAAUUUUCCUUUUGACUGUUCCAAACGGGAGAUUUGCACAUGUGCCUCCAGAACUAAUUGUCUAGGUUCCGUCAGGAAUGCAGCAGGAGAGGAGCGGAUUUCAUGCCUAAGACCAGAGAAGAGCCACGCAAUACUCAGUGGAUAAAAGGCUCGCAGUCCCAGCUGGGAAAAAGAGUCCCAUUAUCUCCCAGCUGCAUAGACAUUCCAUACGGCUUGGUUCUGCCUGGAUGCACAGCAUGCCUGGCUGAGAGCUUGAAACAGAGUUCUGCAGAAAAAUUGUAAAGAUCCCGACAUUUCCCUGACUCUUGAGAUACUGACUGGAAGAUAGACAUUUUUUUUCCUGCUGAUUGUAUGGGAGAAAUUUUGACCUUAGAAAGUGGAAAUGAGGUUGCUAUGGAAACUGGUAAUUCUGCUGCCACUCAUAAAUACUUGUGCAGGUGCUGGUCUUUUGAGUCAUCCUAUUUUUACCCAGGAGCCACAAGAUGUUAUUUUUCCUUUGGAUUUAUCAAAAUCUGAAAUCAUCUUGAAUUGUGCCGCCAGUGGUUACCCUUCACCUCAUUAUAGGUGGAAGCAAAAUGGCACAGAUAUUGAUUUUACCAUGAGUUAUCACCACAGGUUGGAUGGAGGCAAUUUGGCAAUCAGUAGCCCCCGUACAGAUCAAGAUAUUGGCAUGUACCAGUGCCUGGCCACCAACGCUUUGGGGACAAUUCUGAGUCGGAAGGCAAAGCUCCAAUUUGCAUAUAUUGAAGACUUUGAAACCAAAACAAGAAGCGCAGUGUCCGUCCGAGAAGGUCAAGGUGUGGUGCUUCUCUGUGGCCCACCACCACACUUUGGAGAUUUAUCUUAUGCAUGGACCUUCAAUGAUAACCCCUUAUAUGUUCAAGAGGACAACAGGCGGUUUGUAUCCCAAGAGACAGGAAACUUGUACAUUGCCAAAGUGGAACCAUCAGAUGUGGGCAACUACACUUGCUUCAUAACAAAUAAGGAAGCCCAGAGAAGUGUUCAAGGACCACCUACUCCAUUAGUGCAGCGCACUGAUGGUGUGAUGGGGGAAUAUGAACCAAAGAUUGAAGUGCGUUUUCCUGAAACUAUACAAGCUGCAAAGGAUUCAUCUGUAAAACUGGAAUGCUUUGCCCUUGGAAAUCCAGUCCCUGAUAUUAGUUGGAGGAGGUUGGAUGGAAACCCGUUGCCAGGGAAAGUCAAGUACAGCAAAUCCCAAGCUAUUCUUGAAAUCCCGAACUUUCAACAGGAAGAUGAAGGCUUCUAUGAGUGCAUUGCAGGCAACCUUCGAGGAAGAAAUCUUGCAAAGGGUCAACUCAUUUUCUAUGCCCCACCAGAAUGGGAACAAAAAAUCCAAAAUACAUACCUGUCUAUCUAUGACAGUUUGUUUUGGGAAUGCAAAGCUAGUGGAAAGCCAAAUCCUUGGUACACCUGGUUAAAGAAUGGUGAACGCCUCAAUCCAGAGGAAAGAAUUCAAAUAGAAAAUGGGACACUUAUCAUAACUAUGCUGAAUGUGUCAGAUUCUGGUGUCUACCAGUGUGCGGCAGAAAACAAAUAUCAGAUAAUUUAUGCAAAUGCAGAAUUGAGAGUAUUAGCCUCAGCUCCUGAUUUCUCUAAAAAUCCCAUUAAAAAAAAUUCAGUUGUUCAAGUUGGUGGGGAUAUUACUAUCGAAUGCAAGCCAAAUGCUUUUCCUAGGGCAACUAUCUCCUGGAAAAGAGGAAUGGCGAGCCUGAGACAAAGCAAAAGAGUGUUUCUCUCAGAAGAUGGCAGCCUCAAGAUAUAUAACGUUACUAGGUCAGAUGCCGGAUCAUAUACUUGCAUAGCUACAAAUCAGUUUGGCAUUGCAAAGAACACUGGCAGCCUAGUCGUAAAAGAGAGGACUGUUAUUACCAUUCCACCUUCCAAAAUGGACGUUACAGUUGGAGAGAGUAUAGUCCUACCAUGCCAGGUGUCCCAUGACCCUUCCAUUGAAGUUGUAUUUAUAUGGUCUUUCAAUGGAGAUGUCAUAGACUUAAAAAAAGGAGUGGCUCAUUUUGAAAGGAUCGGAGGAGAAUCUGUUGGGGAUUUGAUGAUAAGGAAUAUUCAGUUAAAUCAUUCAGGAAAAUAUCUAUGCACUGUAAAAACAACUCUAGAAAGUUUAUCUGCUGUAGCUGAUAUCAUUGUUAGAGGUCCGCCAGGUCCCCCUGAGGAUGUAAGAGUGGAACACAUUUCCAGUACUACUUCUCAACUAAGCUGGAGACCAGGCUCAGAUAAUAAUAGUCCCAUUCAAAUAUUUACUGUUCAGGCUCGGACACCAUUUUCUGUGGGUUGGCAGGCUGUUUCGACUGUUCCAGAAAUUCUCAGUGGCAAGACCUACAAUGCAACAGUGGUUGGUUUGAGUCCUUGGGUGGAAUAUGAAUUUCGUGUUGUUGCUGGGAAUAGCAUUGGGAUUGGAGAACCAAGUAAAGCAUCAGAAUUGUUAAGAACCAAAGCAUCAGUCCCUGUUGUGGCACCAACAAACAUCAAUGGAGGUGGAGGAAGUCGGUCGGAACUCGUCAUUACGUGGGAGUCAAUUCCAGAAGAACUACAGAACGGAGAGGAAUUUGGGUACAUCAUCAUGUUGCGGCCAGUUGGCUCAACAGCCUGGACCAAGGAAAGAGUACCAUCUGUAGAAUCAUCAAGGUUUGUUUACAGAAAUGAAAGUAUCACGCCCCUCUCUCCCUUUGAAGUCAAAGUGGGUGUAUAUAAUAACGAAGGGGAAGGAUCUCUGAGUACCGUGUCCAUUGUCUACUCUGGGGAAGAUGAACCUCAACUGGCCCCAAGGGGAACUUCUGUCCAGAGUUUUUCUGCUUCAGAAAUGGAGGUUUCAUGGAAUGCUAUUCCCUGGAAUAGAAACACUGGAAGAGUGCUGGGCUAUGAGGUAUUAUACUGGACAGAUGACUCCAAAGAAUCCAUGAUUAGGAAAAUUAGAGUCAGUGGGAAUGUCACAACCAAAAACAUUACAGGGCUGAAAGCCAAUACCAUCUACUUUGCUUCCGUGAGAGCUUACAACACUGCUGGAGCAGGGCCCUCAAGCCCCCCAGUCAAUGUUACCACCAAAAAGUCUCCUCCAAGCCAACCACCAGCUAACAUUGCCUGGAAGCUGACAAACUCUAAAUUAUGCCUGAACUGGGAGCACGUAAAAACAAUGGAAAAUGAGUCUGAAGUGUUGGGCUACAAGAUUCUGUACCGGCAAAACAGACAGAGUAAAACACAUAUUUUGGAAACAAACAAUACAUCGGCUGAGCUUCUGGUUCCGUUUGAAGAAGACUACUUGAUUGAAAUAAGAACAGUUAGCGAUGGCGGGGAUGGAAGCAGCAGUGAGGAAAUUAGAAUUCCAAAAAUGUCAAGUUUGAGUUCCAGAGGAAUUCCGGCCUUAGAACCUAGCAUCUCCUCCCUGUCAGUUGUCAUAUUUUUUACUGUUUUACAAUUCAGCCACGUACACGAUGAAUAAAACCAUAAGUCUUUGAGAAUUUUUUGAAAGCAAAUCAUUCUGUAAAUAAGCUCUCGAGCCCCCAUCACAAAAUACGUUAUUGAUACAGACUUGUUUGGAAAGGAAAAAACAAAAGUGUAUAUUAUUAAGAUCUUGUAAAUAUCUAUAGUACAUUAAUAAAACAAUUUUAAACAUUUUUGAAUUUUAAAGUUCACACAUGAUUACAUACAUUCAGAAAGUGCCAGAUAAUCUGUGGAUUUGUAACUGCUAUGGCUUUUAAGCAACUUCUAUGGAAAAUAUAAAUAGCUCCCCUUGACGACAAUGAUAAAUAUGAGAUAGGUUACAGUUAUCAUAGAGAAGAUGUAUAUUUUUACAUGCUCCAGGCAAUUUACUUCAGUAUUAAAAAUUUUCACCCUACUUGGAAAUAAAAUGUAAUUAUUUGUUUAUAGUUGGGUUUCUUUAAAAAUGUAAGCUAUUCCAAGGGGUGAUGAUGUGCUUUUACCUCUAAAUGAGGUGAGGCUGGGAAAUAUUUGUACCCAAUAAUAUAUGUAUAUACAUGAUGUUCUUUUCAACUCACUUUUCUAGGAGGAAAAAUGGCAGGGAAAAGUGCUUUAUGGCAAAGAAAGAGAAAAGGGAAAUAAGCACCCAUCUAAAACAAUCUAACAACUCUGGUAUAUAAUAGGCAAUUUCUCACAGCAAAAUUUAAUUUUUUAAAUCAAUUUUGAAUUCUCCUAAGGAAAAAGUUGCAUGAACAAAUCUCAGGUAAUUAUUACAAAUUGUUAGCAAUGCAUGUGGCCUUGUUUCAUACAAUAAAUAAAUCUAGUAACAGAAUUAUUUAACCAAGUUUUUGACAUUUUGGUCAAUAUAUAUAUAUAUAUACAUAUAUAUAUAUAUAA